AUGGGGCCCCCCUCGGGAGAGCGUCAUCUGUGCCACUGCGGGAGAGGCUUUCUUAGAAAAGAGCAUCUCCGUCGGCAUCAAGCUACCCAUGGUAGUCCUUCCUUCACGUGCCAUGUGUGUUCUCGAUCAUUCAGCCGCAGACGUAUGCUAAAGGUUAAAAACUCUCGUCGUCACAGUGAUCUCCUUCGCCGCCACCUGACUCUACACGAUGGCUCCGCUCCCUCAGAUUCUAAACGGGUCCGAGCAUGUGAUGCAUGCCAUGCCAGCAAGAUCCGAUGCGAUGGAGGCGCUCGAUGCUCUCUGUGUACCAAGCGAGGCAUAGAUUGUGCCUUCACGAGAGGGUCAGCCCCUAAUAUUGCAACCAAUCCGCCGCAAGGUGGCGCCUCGUCCUUGCUUCCGGGUCAUGGAUCACACUCCCCAGAUCCUUCCAGAUCGGUCCCCACCGAUGCUUCAGCCUCUACCGGCGGCUCUCAGCCUGAUACAAAUCAAGCUAUACCCAUGUCUUAUACCAUGAACAGCGCAGCACCAGUGAGCCAGGGGGCCCAGCAACAAAACGCGUCCUCCCUUGCCGUCGAGGGACUGCAGCUAGUACUUGAUGCCGUUUCUAGGCCAAUAUCAUCAGAAUCUUCGUCUAUUCUUCCGAAACCACCGACCCCAGAAGUGAAAAAAUGGUCCAGUUCAUGUAUCAAAGCGUACAUGGGCCGCUUCCACGAGCGAUGGCCGAUACUGCAUGCUCCGACUUUCGAAGAAGAGGUGGAAUCCGUAAGACUGCGAAGUACCGCCAUUAUAAUCGGCUCUUGGAUGAAGAAUGAGACUGAGGAUAAUAGCCUCAUAUUUGACAUUCAUAGCAUCCUUGUCAAACGCCUUCUCGACGAGUUACGCGAAAAACUCAUGAGAAGGGCCCGUCUUCUCUUCAGCCUCCUCGUUACUGUAUUUCGACAACUCAAACUAUUCGCCCCUGAUGCCAUCGAACGUCAAAUAAGGAUUCACUUCAGCGGCGAUUUCCCGCCCUGGGCAUUUUCCAUGAAGGAGAAAUGGAAAAGACUCGCCGCAAGCAUGUUCAAAAUUGACUCAUACAUAUCUUUGCUUACCCAGCAGCCCCCGUCCUUGCAGCGCGAAGAAUUGGGCCUUAGCUUACCAUCCACCUUUGGCCAAUGGAACGCCUUCGGCCUCGACGUCUUCUUCAGAAGAUGGCCUACAGAGCCCAUGGAACGCUCCCAGUACAGGAUAUCUGACAUCGCGUUGGGAUCAGUGCAGCCAAUCUCGUCCAUCCUUCUCGUCGAAGACCUCCAGAUCCGCAUGAUGGGCGUGACCAACUACGUCUGGAUCCUCAACAAGAUGCGAGGGAAUCCAAAUCCGUCCCUAUGCGCAUCCAGCGAACAGAAGGAACUGGUAUCAGUUCGUCUCAGGCGUUGCAAGCUGCAGCUCGACGGCAUGACUUCUAUAUGGAAAGAACCGGAACAGCACAAGUUGCAUAUUGACUUCCUUCUGAGGGCCUACUCAGCCACGGAGGAACCCUUUCAUAAGGACUGGGAGAAGGGAGUCCGGGCCCGCUUCUUCUCUUCCGUUUUCAGCGCCACCAUGCUUUACCAUCUUCUCAAUAUGCACAUCUACGCCGACGUCUACAGUUACAUGCAAAAUCUCCCCGUCGUCUCCUCUCACGGCGUGACCCCCGCCAACCUCUCCUCCAUACCCCCCAUAAACAACGCCGAGAUCCACGACUGGGCUACAUCUCAGGAGAGCCGGAUCGCCGUCUCGCACGCCAUCCUUGCAUACCGAGUGUACGGUUCCACCACGUCCCCCUCUAAUCUUAAUGCAGAAGCGGUCGAUCCCAUCGCACACAUGACUAUCGCGGCGGGGGCUGCCAUCCUGUGGACGUGGAUCCAGAACAACACAUCUGCGUGCACUUGCAUGAAUAUGUCACUCACGAGCGAGCUGGAUUUUGGGUUUGUGCCGUUAGGUGCUGGGAAAAGUCCCGAUGUGGACCAUUGGAUACGGAACGGGGGGAAUAUCUGGCUGCAUGGAGUCCAUCUGUGUAAGUGCAACGUAGAUGUUUGGCUCUCGCCCUUUGCGGCGAUCUUAUCACACGGGGCGAAGAAGUGGGAAAUUGGGAACGUGUUUGCACAGAAGCUGUGGUCACAGCUUGGGCUUCAACGGUCUAUUUAA